GCACGCUGUCGGCGCCCCACUUAUUUCCCGAGGACGAAAUUCGAAGCUCAUGCGAGCGCACUGCACACCAUCUCGCACAUCCGACAGCCUGCCCGAUCCCGACCUCCCCUCCCCUCUCAGCCUCUGCAGGUCCGGAAGCAUCUGCUUUGCAUCCUUCGAGGCACCGCAACAUCUUCCACGCCGCCCAAGGCUUCCCGCUUGUGCCUCUUCCCCAGCCCACCCCCGGAUGAAGUGAAUCCUCGGCCACUUCACAAUCCACCACCUCCAUCCCCCCGCCCAGCAUGGCGCAAAAGACACAGCAACUGCCGACAAAAGAGGCCACCCUCUUCCGGCAUCUGCUGCAAGACUAUGAGGCCAAACGACACAAGAAAGGUCUCAAGACCGCCGACCAAAUCCUCCGAAAACACCCCACCCACGGCGACACCCAAGCUAUGAAAGCCCUCAUCCUCAACGCCCAAGGCAAGACCGACGAGGCCUUCGACCUAUGCAAGCUGGCCUUGAAAAAUGCAAUGAAGAGCAAUGUGUGUUGGCAUGUCUACGGCUUGCUGUACAAGAGCGUGAAGAACUACGAGGAGUCCAUCAAGGCAUACCGCUUCGCCCUGAAGCUCGACCCCGAGAGCAUCCAGAUUCUGCGAGACUUGGCCCAGCUGCAGGCGCAAAUGCGAGACUACCAGGGAAUGGUGCAGACGAGGAGAACUCUGCUCCAGGGCAAGCCUCAGCUGCGCCUCAACUGGACUGCUCUAGCCGUGGCUAUGCAUUUGAAUGGAGACUUGGAGGGCGCCGAGGAUGUGCUGCACAAGUUUGAGGAGACGUUGAAGCAGUCGCCCCCCAAGAGCGAUAUUGAGCACUCCGAGGCCAUCUUGUACAAGAACGCCAUCAUCGCCGAGUCGGGCAAUCUCGACAAGGCGCUCGAGCAUUUGAACAGCAUUGAGCGAUUGGUGUUGGACCGGACGGCCAUCAUGGAAAUGCGAGCGGACUACUUGCUGCGGCUGAAGAAGCGGGAAGAGGCGGAGAAGGCAUAUCGCGCGUUGCUCGAGCGGAACCCGGAGUCUCAUGCGUAUUACCAAGGCCUCGAGCAAGCCCUAGAACUCGAUCGAAGCAAUGCAGAUGACCGAGUGAAGCUGUUGGAGAUGUACCGAUCUUAUGCCGAGACAAGUGAACGGACCGAUGCCUCUAGACGCAUACCGCUGGACUUCCUAGAAGGUGAAGCCUUUCAGCAGCACGCGGACAAGUAUCUGCGAAGGAUGUUGGCGAAGGGCGUGCCGAGUACCUUUGCGAACGUCAAGCAGCUCUACGAGGACGAGGCAAAAAAGCAGGCGUUGGAGAAGAUCGCACUGCAGCUUCUUUCCGAAGACUCGCCGUCGAGCAACGGUGCUCCAAAGGAAGGGGCGAAUGGCAGCGUGGACGGCUCGCACCAUGCCACCAAAGCCGACCCCGCAAACACAUGGCAGCUCAGCGUGAACUACUUCCUGGCACAGCACUACGACUACCACCGCUCGCGCGACCUCAGCAAAGCAAUGCAGCACAUCGACAAGGCCAUCUCGCUCAACCCCUCCAAGACCGACUACACCUACCAUAUGACCAAAGCGCGCGUACUCAAACACCAAGGCGACCCAGCGAAAGCGUCGACGGCCAUGAACGACGCGCGAGAAAUGGACCUCAAAGACCGCUACAUCAACACCAAGUGCGCGAAAUACCAGCUGCGCAACAACGAGCACGACUCCGCCGUCGCGACCAUGGGCCUCUUCACGCGCAAAGAAGCCGUCGGCGGGCCACUCGGCGACCUCACCGACAUGCAAUGCGUCUGGUUCCUCACCGAAGACGGCGAAGCCUACCAGCGCGAAGGCAAGCUGUCCCUCGCGCUCAAGCGCUUCAAAACGGUGUAUGACAUUUUCGAAACGUGGACCGACGACCAGUUCGACUUCCACCACUUCUCCCUGCGCAAGGGCAUGGUGCGCGCAUACGUCGACAUGCUGCGGUGGGAGGAUAGAUUGCGUGAGCACCCCUUCUUCACCCGCGCCGCGCUGUCCGCAAUCAAGAUCUACCUCAUGCUACACGACGACCCCAAACUCGUGCAGCAGUCGCAGAUGAACGGCUCAGGCGACCUCAGCAGCGCAGACAAGAAGAAAGCAGCGAAGAAAGCGCGGAAAGAAGCUGAGAAAGCAGAGGCCGAGAAGAAAGCGAAGACCGCCAAGCAAGCGCAGCCCAAAGCCGCGGCGGACGAAGACGGCGUGCCGAAGAAGGAAGACGCGGACCCGGAUGGCCUCGAAUUGCUCAAGACCGAUAAGCCGCUCGAGGAGGCGAUGAAGUACCUCACGCCGCUGCUCGAGCUCUCCCCGAAGAAUAUCGAGGGGCAGGUGCUGGGGUUCGAAGUGUAUCUGCGCAGGCAAAAAUUCCUCCCCGCGCUGAAAUGCCUCCUCGCCGCGCGGAAGCUUAACCCGCAACACCCCAAAGUCGCCGAGCAAGAAACCCGAUUCAAAGCCGCGCUCGACAAGCUGCCCGAGCCUCUCCCGCCGAAAGUCAAGCAAGUCAUCGACGCUUCGCUAUAAUGUAUAGAGUUUGGAUGCUCGACAGGUGCAGGUGGAAAUGAAGCGCAAGACUUUUGUUCAUACGUGUAGCAAAAGCGAGGGAUGGACGGUAGCUAGGUAGCCAUGCAUUAGCGACGAUAUACUGAAAAGUCCGGUUCCUACCUUAGUUCGCUGUGGUCAUCUUGCUUAUUCCUCGCGUCUGGUUGGUUGGUUGAAUCGCAGACAAGGCUGGCUGGCUUUCAUGAUUUCGCUCGGAUUCGCUCGCGCAGGGGAUAUACACACUCCCUAUGCCUCCGGUUUCAAGUUUUUGGAAACUCAUACUGCCCAUCUGGCGCAUCUCAUCAAUCUCAAAUCUUCGUCACAGCGUAUUGAAACACCCUUCCACCCCUUCAUCGACAGCACAGCUACUGAGAGCCGCCCGGCUUCAACCUCCGCUACGUCGUCACAUCUCCUCACCACCAAUCCUCCCUCACCAGCCCCUGAAUCUCCCCUCCACCCGCUC